AUGUUUGUCACGUCGGGGCUGCGGCGAGAUCUCACCGUCGCGGUUCUCAUCCUCUUCGCGUUCUGGCAAUUGCGAUAUGUCGUGUACCCCGAGCCCCCGACACACAUGGGCAGACUGAAGCACUGGAUGAAUGACGCCGCUCGACCAAGGCGGCGGUACAAAAAUGUCAAAAGCAGCUUCGAUUGGAGCAAGGUCGAGUUUGCACACCGGUUAAGGGGCCAGGUACCUCUGCCGGGGCGUUCACGCACGCCGCGUCCCACUGUGCAGCACCAAUUCGGACCCGAGAAGCUGGAAGAUGCUGAGAUCCGAGUUGGUCGAAUGAUGGAAGUGCGCGAGUUGUUUCAGGCCAAUUGGGAGAGUUAUCGCAAGUUUGCGUGGAAGAAGGACGCCCUGCUGCCAAUUAGUGGGGGAUCGAAAGACCAGUUCUCAGGAUGGGCUGCAACGCUGGUAGAUUCGUUGGAUACGCUGUGGAUUAUGGGCUUGCGGGACGAGUUUGAAGAAGCUUUGGAAGCUGUUGCUGAAAUUGACUUUGGCAACUCUACCAGCCCGAGUGUCAACAUAUUCGAAACCAACAUCCGCUACCUGGGUGGGCUAAUGGCCGCAUAUGAUCUCAGUCAAAGAAACGUACUGCUAAAAAAGGCCGUUGAGCUGGGAGACUUGAUCUACGCAGGAUUCAACACCCCGAACGGCAUGCCAGUCGACUUUAUCGACUUUGCAGCCGCCAAGACAGGCAAAGGUCUAGUGGUCGAAGAUCGAGUAGUAGCUGCUUCUCCCGGAACCUUAUCCCUGGAAAUGACACGCCUGUCCCAAAUCACAGGCGACCCGAAAUACUACAGCGCCAUGUCCAAAGUAAUGGAACUAUUCUACGAAGGCCAAAACAGGACUCAGUUACCUGGUGCCUGGCCAAUGUGGGUGUCAAUGAAGGACCAAGACGUCGUAUCCGGCACAGCAUUCACACUCGGCGGAUGCGAAGACUCCCUCUUUGAAUACCUCCCCAAAAUGCACCAACUGCUAAAAGGCAGCGAGGAAAAGUACGAAAUCAUGUCCAGGACGUUUCUCGACGCCGCAGACAGAUACUUCAUCUUCCGGCCCAUGGUGCCCAGCGGAGAAGACAUCCUCAUGCCGGGUAACAUCAACGUGGUCAACGGGAAACCCUAUCUCGACCCAGAAACAGAGCACCUGGCCUGCUUCGUAGGCGGCAUGUUCGGGCUGGCAGGUAAACUCUUAAAUCGCACAGACUACCUCGAGAACGGAAUCAAACUCACAAACGGAUGUGUCUACGCAUACCGCUCUUUUCCAACAGGCAUGAUGCCCGAACGCAUCGACAUGGUGUACUGCGAUGAUCGGACCCAUUGUCCGUGGCAGGAAGUGCUCUGGGAACAUGAGCGCAAGAAAAGACCAGAGUGGAAGCCACAUCUGCCGUUGGGUUUCACAACUGCCAAGGACCCGCGGUAUAUUCUUCGACCAGAGGCUAUUGAGAGUGUAUUUUACAUGUACAGAAUUACAGGGAAGAAGGAGUUUCAGGAUAAAGCAUGGGACAUGUUUACUGCUAUUCGUAAUGGGACGAGGACGGAGCACGCAAAUGCAGCGGUGUUGGAUGUCACGGUUGGGCAGUAUCCGCUGCCCAAGGAGGACUACAUGGAGAGCUUUUGGUUGGCAGAGACGUUGAAGUAUUUCUAUCUGGUGUUUUCCACACCCGACGUCAUUAGUUUGGACGAGUAUGUGCUCAAUACAGAGGCACAUCCGUUUCGAAUACCAGUGUAA